AAAUUGCAGUUAAUUUCUAGAUAAUUACUGACGGGGGGUUGUUCUGUGUUCAUUUCUGUCAAGCGAACCUUGGUAUCGGAAAGUUAUCUCGCUGUUUUCGGGAAAAAACUAUUAGACGCUAACAUUGUUCUUUCAGUCAUUUGCGGUCGUGUCUACUUUUAGUGCAAUUUAGCCAUGUCGGAAGAGGCAGAUACGCCGCCCUUUAGCACAGUGGAUAUCAACAAUGAUAACAGGGAUGACGAAGAUCUUUUCGCGUCUGCGGUCCAGGAGGUCAGCCUGGACCCAGAGGUGAAUGGAGCUCGCGAGGGUCUGGAGAAGGUCAGCAUCAGUGAUGCUCCAUCCAUUACUGCAUCACUCAGCAGCCCCAUCAUGGAAGAGAUAGCGACAGAACGCGCGAACAACAUAAUAAUCACAGUGACAGAACCUCAGAAGAUAGGCGAGGGUAUGAGCUCGUAUGUCGCGUACAGGGUGCUCACCAAGACCAACAUGCCUAUCUUCAGCAAACACGACUUCGCAGUGCUGAGGCGGUUCAGCGACUUCUUAGGGUUACAUGAGAAGCUGACGGAGAAGUAUUUAAGGUCUGGUAGGAUAAUACCGCCGGCGCCCGAGAAGAGUAUAGUAGGCACCACAAAACUAAAGAUGACAUCAACGCCAUCAACUGAGAGUGCAAACGGCAGUUCAGCGGCUGGCAGCGUGCAGUCGGUGUUCGUGGAGCGGCGGCGUGCAGCGCUCGAGCGCUUCCUCAACAGGGUGGCGCAGCACCCCGUGCUGUGCAUCGACCCCGACUUCAGGGAGUUCCUCGAGUCAGAGGCGGAUCUACCAAAAGCGACGAGCACAUCAGCGCUGUCCGGCGCGGGAGUGCUGCGUCUGUUCAACAAGGUCGGCGAGACUGUCAACAAGAUCACCUACAGGAUGGACGAGUCUGAUCCGUGGUUCGAAGAGCGUUCAACCCGCAUCGAGGCGCUAGAAGCAUGCCUCCGGCGCAUGUACGGCGCAUGCGAGGCGCUGGCGGGCGAGCGGCGCGAGCUCAGCGCCCGCACACACGACGCCGCCCGCGCCUGCGCCGCGCUGUCCGGCGCCGACCCGCACGCGCCGCUCUCCCGCGCACUGUCGCACACUGCCGACCUGCAUGAGAAGAUUGAACACUUACGGCUAGAGCAGUCGAACACAGACUUCUACGUGCUCGCCGAACACGUGAAGGACUACCUCGGCCUCAUCGGCGCCAUCAAAGAUGUCUUCCACGAGAGGGUUAAGGUGUUCCAAAACUGGCAACACGCUCAGAUGCAGCUGACGAAGCGGAGAGAGAACAAAGCCAAGGCGGAGCUCGCCAACCGCCCAGAGAAGAUCGAACAGGCUGCUAAUGAGAUCAUUGAGUGGGAAGCGAAAGUGGAGCGCGGUCAGCAGGAGUUCGACACAAUAUCGCGCGUCAUCAAGAAGGAGCUGGAGCGCUGGGACGAGCUGCGCCUCGCCGAGCUACGUGCAGCACUGCUGCGGUAUCUAGAGGAACACAUGAAUCAUCAGGCACAGGCAAUCCGCUACUGGGACGCAUUCCUCCCCGAAGCGCGAGCGAUCAAAUGAGUGGCGGAGUGACGGCGUCCCGAGCGCCCUCUGCACGAACACUAACGUUAGUAAAUGAAUUACAUUACCUUCCACAUUACCGGGUGGAUAAAGACCCUUUUUCUAAUCAAAGCUAUAGAUUCUACUGUAAAAUACGAUCAUUUUGAUGUAAAAACGGUGCCUGGGAAAUUAUUAGUUUCGAUAUUAUUGAUUGUUAAAGGUUUUUUUGUUUUUGAACACCAUGUAUAAUUUCAAAUAUAUUAACACUGCUGUAUGGUCGCUGUGCGCACAUAAACCAAGCAUACUUGUACUAGACAAUACAAAAACACUUGAAUAGCUUUUCUUUAGCAAAAUACUAUUUAUACAAUAAUAUGAUGUGUAAUAUUUAUGGCAUUUGAAAGGGGUCUUUUUCCACUCUGUAUAAUCAUUCCCAGUGUAAAAACCGGUGCGAAUUAAAUAGAGUGCUUGUAAAUAAGCUGAAGCGAACUAGGAAUUUGUAAAUUAUGAAUAACAUAAUAAACUAGGCUUUAUAAAACGCCCGUUAAGGUAAACUAAAAAUAUUCAAUAAAUAAAUUUUUUUAUGAGCACUCUGUUUAAAAGCUAAAAAAAUAUACUUCCAUGUAAAAAACUCAUUAUUAAAUAAAUGAGAAAACGCAGCUUUGCAAUAGUUAAAUAAAAUCACCAAUAGUCAAGUUUGUCACUCGCCAAUUUAUAGUGGAUUUUUCCACAAUAUGCUCAGUGGUUUUCGAGAUGAAACGCACAGACAGACAUAGUCUGACCCUGUAUUGUAUUUAAAUUCAAACUUUAUUGUUGCUAUGGGUUACGAUCAUGGAAAACGAAAUGACUAGCGGAAAUGUCAUAACGCAAAAUCUCCUAAGAAAGUAGCACGACAAAAUGCAGCUUUGCCAAUCUUUAGACACUGCUCAUUAUUUUAAUCAAUCAAAAUUUUAAUAGAACCAAUCAAUCAAGACUAAUCAUUAAAAUAUUGGUUUUGAUUUGACAAAAAACCCGAACGCCUCGUUAGUUCUAGUAACUGAUCACGCUUACCGUACGUUGCUUGACCUGCAAGAAGGCGCCUGACCUACCUUAUUCAAAUUCAAAUAAUUUGUUUCAGACAUGUGUCCUUAUGGCAUCUCCGUUAUCUUUCCUCCCUCCGUGGUUACGUUUUUUUUAUUAUAUAAUAUGCGUAAAUAGUUUACUUGCAGCUACACCCAUGCCAAUAAAAUACACUUUAUUUAUAAGAUAUAAAUAUUCAGAAUUGUCACAGGGGUUUGCUAGAGCUUCAGAGAUUUUAAAUACAUUUCGGUUUAUUUUUUUAUUUUCAUAGAUCUAUAUCGUAAUUAUUAUAAAUAUCUUUCUUAUGUAUAGUUUAUAUUAAAUCUUAAAUGUGUAAUUGAUUUUAGAUUAAAAUUGUAUUCUAUAAAGUGUUAUAAUUUCACAACAAUAAUAUUCAUAGAUAUCGAUAAAGUCGAUGUAAAUGAAACUAAAACUAGUGUAAAUCGUAAUACGACAUCUAGUAGAUAGAUAAGUAAUUUCUGAUUAAAGUAAGCGGAAUUUUAAUGCCAAAUAUAUAAAAAAAUACAUUCCAAAUUAUAUUUCUAUAGUUUAAAAUAAACACACAAGUUUUUCAUUUUGUAAUCAAUAUGGCAUUUUUAAUUCAUUUACUAACGUUAUUAUGUAAAUUAAAAAAGAUGAGAUUUGAAAAUAUAAUGUGUUCGUAUAAUCUGAACCGUAUAAUAAAUAUUAUAGUAAACAAAUGUAAGACUUAUUUUCACUGCAUUAAAGUUCAUUUUGCAUUGCACGCUUCAGUCUGCGCUAGACACAGUUUUUAGGUUCACAAACGUUCGUUCAUUGUUUUGAUCUCUACGUUUUUAUACUGUCAUGGAUACAUUAAUUUACUGAUAAAUUGAAGCCUGACUGAGAUUUAAUCUGUAGCUCAAACCCAUUGAAUCAAUAUUUUUGCCAAAUUACACCUUUCUAAACAUUUUAUAGACUGUAUUUGUCUUUCUUCAGUUCAAAGAAAAGUUCUUCCGUAGAGCCUUUUGGACUUAUUUGAUCUACUAUCCAUUGGCCUUUCAUUGCAUUCAAAAUCAAAAGUCAUUUAUUCAAAGUAGGCUGAAAAUCAGCAGUUUUUGAACGUCAAAUCUACAAAAGACAGCCCCCAAAACGCCCGCCCUUUACCACUUCCUAUGUGUUUUUGCUGGGAAGAAGUGGUGGAACAAACUCCCCAGCAACACAAUUCUGUCUGUAUGGUUUGAAGCACCGUAUACCACUGUGACAGUGAUUAAUAGUAUCGACAAUAACCUAUUAGAUUAGACCAUUAUUAGAUUUCCUUUCACAAAUUAGAUCAGGGUAAACGCGAUGGUAAUACUUAUACCUUAUCUUCCUAGAAAUCAGUGAAAAGAUUAGGUUUUCUGUUAAUUAAUUUUCCUUAUUUUGCUAUAUUCAAAGCCUCGAUUAAGAGCUGUUUUUCUUAGAAAAAAAAACAGAUAAACAAUUUUUUUUUCUGUUGACAAUCAUAAGCCAUGACUAUCAUAUACUAUUAUGCCAGUUUCUUAGCAAAGAAAAUUAAAAAAUAAACUAAAAUGUUCUACAAAACUUUUGAAAAUAAUUUGCAUUUAGACUUUUCAUCAAAGUCAGGCUUCAAAUUAUCAAAAGAAAUAUAUAUAACAAUAUAAUAUAGUAUGUAUAUACAAUGUGUCCUGUAUUGAAAACAAAAUGAUCUGUUUUGUCGACAUUACCUAUAAGGAAACAUUUAUUUGUGUACUAAAUUAUGUAUUAAGAUAACGCUACUAUUUCUUACAAUGAAGAUAUAAUCUGUGUUAAAUAUAGAACUUUGGAGUCGGGUUAAAGGUUUGGACUUUUUUUCUGAAGUGAUUCAACUGUAUUAUUUGACCCUCUGUCACAUUGUAUUCGGUAUUUUAACUACCUCUCACUUAAUUUGGUAAUAUAACAGAUUAUAUUAUGGAAUACUAGCUUCCGCCCGCAGUUUCACCCGCAUUUAGUAUAGAUGAAUUUAGUAAUAACUGUUUUUUUUUUUCUAAUUAAUAUGGGUUGACUCUCAAUAAUACUAUGCAUACUGUGUGACAUAGCUUUUACCCUGUUAUCUUAGUUCUAUUUUUAACGCGCAGUUGAAAAUUUUAGAAGUGAAAGGGCAGACCAAUAAUCAACUUUAUGCUGUAAGAAAUAAGAUUGAGAUUGCUCUCGAAUGCGUGUUAUAUUUUCAUUGUAAGAUCUCGCUCAUGGCUUCGUCAUUAUAGUUUCGCGUAAAAUAAUUCUUAUUAAGAAUUUGUUAUCACCAUUGUAUAUUUUUAUAUAGUCAUUUGUUUUUUUUUUUAAUCUUAAAUGUAAGAAUACUAGAUAUUGCAUAUUAGAAUUGUAUUCCAAAAGAAUGGUUACGCGGAUGUUACAGUCAAAGUAUUAAAUUGAUGUAUUUUUAAUGUUGUAAUUUCAUUUUAUGGAUUUGACACCUUUUAAUGAAGGUGUGGGGUUAGUGAUUUAUUUUGUUGUUUUUUUCUCGAUCUUACUCUACAUACGUAAAACUGACUUACUUAUGCCUCCGUAAAGGUGUCUAUCCAUUCAUAAUACCUACUUAAAAAUAAUUGUUGAUAAUACUACGUAGUAGAAAUUUCAAAAGAUGUUUUGUUAGAAUCACCUUGUAUGUUGUAGCUAUGCUAUAGUUUUAUAUGUUUAUCGUGUAAAUUUCCAACUGUCCAAAUUAAUUACUCUGACCGUAACACAAUAUUUACCUUAGAUAUGAAUAUUAGGUAGUAUGAUUGAAAAAAAAUCGAGUCUAAUGUAUUCCUUAUUUUUUAUAUUGCCAAAUAUAUUUUAGUGGUAAUUUGGUGUAAUGGAAGAGAUGAAUAAUUAUGAAUAAAGUAUAUAAUGUUGGUUUCCAUUUCAA